UGUGAGGAGGGAACCUGCAGAGCAGUCCUGAACAUGGCAGCAGAAGUUUGUCGCCGAGUAAGGAACGAUGAGGCAUCGUGACACCUCCCCACGCCUCUUCCUGAGCUUUCAGUGUCUAGUCAUCAUGGUGAUACUGCUCUACAACGUCCACCAUGUGACAGCGGAACAUGCUUCAGACCACAGCCAGGAUCAUAGUUCUCCUUCCAACAAGUCUUUGAGCUGUGGUGGGUCAGUUACAUGUGCCCCAGGAGUCAUCCUUCCGAUGUGGGAGCCCCCAAACCCUUCGUUUGGAGACAAGGUAGCCCGAGCCACGGUUUACUUCGUGGCAAUGGUAUACAUGUUUCUGGGAGUUUCGAUUAUUGCUGACCGCUUCAUGGCAUCCAUUGAGGUCAUCACCUCUCAGGAGAAGGAGAUCACCAUUAAGAAACCCAAUGGUGAAACGACCACUACAACUGUACGCGUCUGGAAUGAAACUGUGUCCAACCUCACCCUCAUGGCUCUGGGGUCUUCAGCUCCUGAGAUUCUGCUCUCGGUCAUUGAAGUGUGCGGCCAUAAUUUUGAAGCUGGUGACCUUGGACCCGCUACCAUUGUCGGCAGUGCAGCUUUCAACAUGUUCGUCAUUAUUGGAAUCUGUGUCUACGUGGUGCCCGACGGAGAGCAUCGUAAAGUGAAACACCUGCGUGUUUUCUUUGUCACCGCCACUUGGAGCAUCUUCGCCUACUUGUGGCUCUACCUGAUCUUGGCUGUUAUCUCACCAGGCAUCGUCCAGGUGUGGGAGGGUCUUCUCACUCUUUUCUUCUUUCCUAUUUGCGUGGUCUUUGCUUGGAUCGCUGACCGCCGCCUCCUGUUUUACAAGUAUGUUUACAAGCGCUACCGAGCCGGCAAGCACCGUGGCAUGAUCAUCGAAACGGAGGGGGACCGUCCUCUGCCAUCCAAGGUGGAUAUCGAGAUGGACGGGAAGAUGCUCAACUCUCAUGCAGUGGACUUCUUGGAUGGAACUCUAGCUUUGGAACUGGAGGACAAAGACCUUGAUGAGGAUGAAGCUAGACGUGAAAUGGCGAAGAUUCUGAAGGAACUGAAGCAGAAACAUCCCGAUAAAGAGGUGGAGCAGUUGAUUGAACUCGCUAAUUACCAGGUGCUCAGCCAGCAGCAGAAGAGCCGUGCAUUCUACCGAUGCCAAGCGACCCGCUUAAUGACUGGAGCAGGUAACAUUCUGAAGAAGCAUGCGGCGGACCAAGCUCGCAAAGCAGUGAGCAUGCAUGAGGUGCGCAGUGACACUGGAGAGAAUGACCCGAUUUCUAAGAUCUUUUUUGACCCUGGCUCUUACCAGUGCCUGGAAAACUGUGGAACCGUGGCGGUGAACGUAAUUCGACGUGGAGGCGAUAUCAACCAGACUGUGUCGGUGGAAUUCCGCACAGAAGAUGGAACCGCAAAUGCCGGCUCAGAUUAUGAAUUCACAGAAGGCAGUAUCGUUUUCAAGCCAGGCGAGACGCAAAAGGAGAUCCGAGUUGGAAUUAUUGACGAUGACAUCUUUGAAGAGGACGAGAACUUCCUCAUCCACCUCAGCAAUGUCCGUGUGCUUCAUGAGGGUGAUGAGGCAGAGACCACUGAAGCCAAUCACAUGGAAACCAUCGCUACGCUCGGUGUGCCCUCCACAGCAACAGUCACCAUCUUUGACGAUGACCAUGCUGGAAUCUUCACAUUUGAAGAGCCAGUCACCCACGUUAGUGAGAGUGUGGGUGUCAUGGAAGUGAAGGUCCUGCGUACGUCUGGGGCCCGUGGGGUGGUGUCACUGCCAUAUAAAACCAUUGAGGGAACUGCACAUGGAGGGGGAGAGGACUUUGAAGACACCCACGGUGUUCUGGAGUUCCAAAACGAUGAGAUCUUCAAAACAAUAAAAGUCAGGAUAAUUGAUGACGAAGAAUACGAGAAGAACAAGAGCUUCUUCCUGGAGAUCGGAGAACCCCGGCUCGAAGAGACCAAUGAGAAGAGAGAGGAGGAGAAAGAGCCGGGGCAGGAAGAGGAGGAGCCUCUGACAGGUGAAGAGGAACGAUGCAUCGCUGAAAUGGGGAAGCCAAUGCUAGGAGAUCACCCCAAACUGGAGAUUAUCAUCGAGGAAUCCUAUGAAUUCAAGAACACAGUUGAUAAAUUGAUUAAAAAGACAAACUUGGCUCUUCUGGUUGGCUCCAACAGCUGGAGGGACCAGUUCAUCGAGGCCAUCACAGUCAGCGCUGGUGAGGAUGAUGAUGAUGAAGAAUGCGGAGAGGAGAAGCUCCCCUCCUGCUUUGAUUAUGUCAUGCAUUUCCUCACCGUCUUCUGGAAAGUUCUCUUUGCCUUUGUCCCGCCCACCGACUACUGGAACGGGUGGGCAUGUUUCGUGGUGUCAAUCAUUAUGAUUGGCGUCCUGACGGCUUUCAUCGGAGACCUGGCAUCGCACUUCGGCUGCACCAUCGGACUCAAAGACUCCGUCACAGCAGUGGUGUUUGUGGCUCUGGGAACUUCAGUCCCAGACACCUUUGCCAGUAAAGUGGCAGCGACACAGGAUCAGUACGCCGACGCGUCCAUUGGAAACGUGACGGGCAGCAACGCCGUGAACGUCUUCUUGGGCAUCGGAGUGGCCUGGUCCAUCGCCGCCAUCUACCACAACUCAAAGGGCCACGAUUUCAAGGUGGAGCCGGGUAGCCUGGCCUUCUCUGUCACCCUCUUCACCAUUUUCGCCUUUAUCUGCGUGGCAGUGCUCAUGUACCGUCGCCGGCCCGACAUCGGCGGCGAGCUGGGGGGUCCGCGGACUGCUAAAGCGCUGACCACCAUGCUUUUCGUCAGCCUCUGGCUCCUCUACAUCCUGUUCUCCUCUCUGGAGGCUUACUGCCACAUCAAGGGCUUCUAAACACACAUACAAGCGCUCACACAUGCAUAUACACGCAGAACUACACACCUUCACACAGUGACACACACCAUCAUACAUUCUGUGGAAAAUACACAAAGACUAAAGGGAAAAGACUAAAGACUGCAGAGGAAGGCAACAGCGGUGGAAUCGGUUUCGGGUUCAUGUGGAUAAUCGUUUUCCGCAGACCAUCGGCCUGUUCUUCUGUUCUCUCAACACGCCACUCCUUCAUCCUCAUCUUCCUCUGUUUGUUGUGUGACUGCAUCUGAUUGGACGGGGGUGUGACCACAGUAUUCAAACAUCAAACCUAGACUAUGAAAAGCUACUAUUGCUACCUUUAACUACUGUAGUUGUGCUUUUUUAACCUAAACCAGUAUAAAAGCCACGUGGGACCGUGGAAUCUGUAAGCUCCCUUCUUAGUGCCAUGGAACUCUGGAUAAUGUGUGUUAUAGGUUUGUUAUCUUAAUGUGGACCGAGCGGUACUGUAAUUUUGCUUGGGUGAUUUUUCAGACACAUUACUUUGUGUUUACAAAUAAUGUAAUCGGAGCGGUCCUAACUGAAAGGGGUCGACUAAACGGCUUUUGUUGUUCUUGAGCAGCUUCUAGUUCCCGUGAAGGCCAGUUUUUAUCCUGCUCUUGCACUGGUGCAGUUCAUUCCAGUUCAGAAAGAGAAUAACAAUAAGGAGAGUGCAGUAUGCCAGCUCUAAUCUCUCCCGGCGCUGAAGCUUUAGAGACCAGAGGUGCACUAGUGCAAGACUUUGAUUUAAAAGCCUUGAUCUGACGUUCUCAAAGAUCGUAAAGUGCUAUUGAAGAGCUCGGGUUAAGGAACAUCCUGAAUUUUCUAAUAUAAAUAUACCGCAGUUUGUUACUGAUUAGAUGAUUAAUUUAUGCAAUCGAUGGACCGUGUGUGAGGUCAGUCUAGUGAAGAUAAUCUAGCAUGUGACAUGCUUUUGCCAACAUCACAUUGAGAGUUUACAAUUAUGACUGUUACUUUCUGUCCAAACCUACACGCAUACAUUUACGGACACACACACUACGAGAAAUACGCAAAAACAGUGGCCAUAAUUUCAGCGAUUUGUUCUCAGACACACAAUUUACAGUCUUACACAUGCAAGCAUGUAUAAUUGGUAGUCUUUUGCUUGAUAAACUUACUCAUGCAGAUACAGUCAGUCACUCAUCUAUGUGGAGUUUACGAGGGCACGCUUUCCCUCCAACCCUGCUGAGAUUGCUUCUUUGUACUGUGUAGAUUCGCUGCAUAUGGAGCUUGUAAGGUUAAGCUCAUAGAGUAGUCACGGUUUUAGACGUAGGUCGAUUUUAAAAGCAGAAAUUGUAGAACUAAUCUGAAUUUGACUCUAAACACCUUUAGGAUAGCAUGGUUUAACACAAACGAACUGAAAAAAAACGUAGCUCGGUUUUCAAUUUUGAAAAUGCAAUUGCAGGAUUUUUCACUCUACAAAGUUUGAUUUCCAGUCUUAAUGGGGAAGUAAAAAUGUACUGAGCACAGUAGAUCGGAUGUAGUUAUUUUGGACUUCAUCUAUUGUGUAGUUUGCGCCAAAUUUGCCAAAGGGAAAAUCUUUCUAAUGGAGAACUGCAGUGUGCCACACAGCCCCUAAAGUGGGUUUUCUAUUUCGAAUCGUACGUUUUUUUACCCACACCAAAAAUGUCCUUGCAAGGAUAAAGAGGCCUUGGUGACAUUUCUUAUAGGUGUUUGUACUGAAGGGAUCCAGCCUACAGCUCUUUUACUGCAUCUGAACACCUUUUCUUGUAAUGAAAGUGUGUUUUUAAAGGGAUUCUGUGUUGAGGUUUGUAGUUUCAGUAGCUUGAUUUUGAAAGAGAAGAAGAAUUUAGCUUGAAUAGCAGUUUAUUCUUUCUUUUUUGUUGUGUUCGUUUUAUUUUGUUUUACAUUUUUACUGAAAGGAAAUUAUAUUGUACCAGCUCCAGGGCAUUUCUGUAGGAAACCUUUGAUGAUGACCUUUAAUCCCUGAUGAAGAUGAUCCGCUGUUGCUUUCUAAUUCUAAGAUCCACAAGAAAGACACUACAAACAAAG